ACUACGUGAUAAUUGUUUUGAUUUUUAUUUUCGGUUUUAAUUAAUUCUAAUGUACUUUACUUUAAUGAAAUCACUAAAAAAUCAUUAUUAUUAGUUUAGAAACGUUUAUCUAAAAUAUUUUACGUGAUAUAGUGAUUUUACGUGUCGAAAAGUGACAAAAUGUAUAAGAGUUCUUUUUGCGGAGUUAUUGAUGAAUUGCCAGGGAUUUAUGUGGAUAAUUUUGAGAAUGCCGGUGAGGUCAGGGCUAGGGCUUACUUCCUGAGCCAUUGCCACUCAGAUCACACCCGGGGGCUCUUUUCUCAAGAGUUGGUGAAUACUCUAGAAGUCACUGGAGCAUGUUUGUACAUGUCCGAAGCAUCUGCAGCGAUUAUUGAAGAUGAAAUGGUCGAUGAAAGAAUUAUGAGGUACAUAAGGCCUCUGAGAAUGGAAUCAACAUUAGUAACAUUAUCAAGUGAUACAAACCAAAAUGUUGAAGAACAAAUUAUAACGGUCACAUUAAUCCCUGCCGGACACUGCUUCGGAUCUGUUAUGUUCUUAUUUCGAACAAAUACAAAAACCGUACUCUAUACAGGAGACUUCAGGUUAUCCGUCAACGAUAUAUCGAAGUUUGGAUAUUUAAACAAAGAUAACGAACCAAUACUAAUAGAUGCUAUGUACGUAGACACAACGUUUAUUGAUUAUUCUUAUGAAAACUUUCCGAAGAGAACUGAGAGCGUGGAAUAUGUUGUUGAAGAAAUAAAGAAAUGGCUAAGAGAUGAUAACAAUGGGGUUGCACUACAUAUGUCAGCGAAGAUUGGAUAUGAGUUUGUGUUCAACGAGAUAUAUAAAAAAUUGGAUAUGAAAAUAUAUGUUAACAAGUACAGAUGGAGGUUUUACAGCAAAAUCCAGCAUCUUGUUCCAAGCCUGACGAACAACGAAAAAUCUACUAAAAUACAUAGUUGUAUGAAUUGGAGCGAAAAAACAGACCAUACAAAAUGUCUGACUAAUAUUAGCUCUAAUAUCAAUUUUCUUUACAUACAUUUCUCGGCAAGAAAAUGGGAUAAUUACGAAAUUGACCAACCAACUAUAAAUAUGUCGUCAUCAAAUCGCAUAGAUGUCUGUUUUGCCACACAUUGUAGUAGGACUGAAUUAGUUCAUUUCGUAAGGCAUUUCUCACCUAAAAAAGUUGUUGGAUUCCCUAACCCGUUCCCAGAAAAGUUGUUAAACAAUUCAAGUAAAGCAUCUAACACACCAUUGAAAAGAAAAGUUGUUCAAAAAGAAAUAAAAAGCCCGGAAAUUAAAGUCAAUAAGAAAGUUCAUUCAGCUUUAUUGAAGGUGAUGUUUGAUUAAAAUUAUGAUAGAACGCGUGAGUUACAACGUAUAGUGUUCGUAUCACGGCUUUGUUCUUUUUUAUUUUUUAUUUAGAAUUCGACUUUUGAGUUCUUGAAUCACGGAAUAGCAGAAAGAGGUUGAAAAGGCCCUAACGCACAUUUCAUUCAUUCAUUUCACUCUUUUUUACUAAGUAGUACUACUCCUGCAAACAGAUAACUACGAUAGCUCUACUGCUUCUCAAAUUCCAUAGCCACUUAACCGGCAAUGUUUAUUUUAUGUGAUAGCCUGCAAUUUUAUCAUUAAUUUUCGUUUGAUAAAUAUUAUAGCCGAUCAUACUUUGGCGGCGUGAGUGUGCUGCCGCCAAAGGAUGUUUUCGGGGUACCGAACUGAGCAUAAUACCCCGCUAGCCACAAGUUAGUAGUGUGACUUGGGAUCGACGAUCCAACAGUGUUGUGUUGGAAGUUGUAUAUAUGCGUCUUGCUGAGUAAACUUCGGUAUCGCGUUUCACGACCGCUAGAAGACUGCAUUAUUGAAUGUGGCGCCAUCUGUUGCAUGUGAGCGGAACUAGGUGGCCAACUAGUUGGGUUAUUUUAGGCUAGUUAUUUUUAGCUUUCUAUAAGGAGGGAUCUCCUUGCAUCAUAGUCGAUAUUUGUUUGUGUUAUGGCUUGGUUAUGGCGACUGAAUUAGGGUAGUUUCCAUAGGUAGUUUCCAACUAGUCAAAUCAGUUACUUUUUUACGAAACGUCAAAACACGAAAUUACUAUGGAAUUUGUAUGAAAAAGCAACCUGUGCUGUCACAGAAAAACGUGAAUGUCGCGGUUAUUACAUUUUUUAAUUAUUUAAAUUCAU